AUGUCGGGCAGGUUUGGACAUAUUGCCAGCGGAAAGAAGCUGAGAUUUGUGGUCCCGGCGGUUCUAUUUGGGAUUUUCACGUACCUGACAUGGACUUACUGUCAUAAACUGUGCUAUGAUGAAAUUUAUAUAAAUAGACAAGAGCACGGUACCGCGGUGGGACUUAUGUUUACAGAGAUUUUUUUGACUUUAGCGCUAUUUACUGCAUGGCUUCAAUUGGUUUUGGUGAAGGCCGGGAGACAACCCAAAUUGCUUCCAUAUUAUAUUUUGCGAGAUGAUUAUGCGAGAAUUGAAGAAGAUCCAAGCUCUUUAAACUCAAGUAGACUUGACAUGAUAUUUCCGCCUAAAGUUUACCCUUGUGAUCCUCAAGGAUACCCGAUUUGGUGUAGUGAGUGUCAGAGUGUAAAAGAUCAUCGUACUCAUCAUUCGUCAAUGCUUGGAUACUGCGUACCACGUUUCGACCACUAUUGCGUUUGGGUGGGCUCCAUCAUUGGACGCAAAAACUACAAGUUAUUCGUUCAAUAUAUGUUUUUUGGGACCAUGUGGGCCAUCCUUGUCGUCACUUCGAUAGCUUGUUACUUGGACGACAUAUUAUUGCGUCGACAUCACAUUCCCAGAAUAAAUCCAAACAUUUUAAUUUGUUUCGGUUUAAGUUGUAUCGGCCUCCUCAUGAUAUUCCCGUUAUUUGUUUCGCACUGCUAUUAUAUGGCAACUAAUAGGACUUCCAUAGAGGUACUGCAAACCAAGCGGCGAGCGUCGUGGAGAAAGUUGUGGUUUUGUUAUUACCGGGCACAAGACAACUGCAGAUACGUUUUGGAAUUUUCUCCAAAGGAGACUCAAAGAUGCUACAGGAAGUCCAGCAUUUUCCAAAACAUCAAAGAGUUUAUGGGCUCAAAUGUACUAACUUGGAUUAUACCUAUUGGAACGAACAUCAAGUGUACUGAACCCGAAUUAAAUGAAUACAAAGAAAUUUUAGGACCCUACUUAGAAACUGUGAGUGAUCAAUUUGAAAAAAUGAUUGAGGAAAGAAUACAAGCUGGCCAAUAUGUGAAAACUUUACAUGUCUACGGGGAUAAACUUAAAGAAAUCUCUGAAUAG